CAUCAUCAUCAUUAAAUGCAGCACGCUCCUCGAGCCUACCAGAACGUGCUCUCGUUCGCACGAGGCUGACAUCGGUCGACAAGCGUCUCAGAGCAAGUGCAAGGUGUGGCUGUUCCGACUGUUCGCCUUCUCUCAAUUUGCAUAGGUUCAGUCAGUGAGCAUGGCUUACUACGAUCUAGCGGCGCAAGGUCCCAUGGCAUACGAUCAGACGGGGAACGAUGAGAUGGUGUACGAGAUCACGUCCACCACGUACGGAGAAGAAACUACCCGCAAAGAAGAGGAGGAGGAGGACAAACGGAGUUUUGCCGCAUGGGCAACCAUGGUGUGCGCCUCCAUCAUCUUCUUGAUCCUAUUGAGCGUACUGAUCGCGUUCUUCGUCAUAGGCUUCGAUUCUUCUUAUGCGACUGUGGCGACGGAGACCCCGUCUCCCAAAGUCAUUUUGCGAGGCGGUCGCGACGUCAAGGUGGUGGUGGUAACCCAGGCGACGCCCGUGGCAACCACUGAGGAAACAACCAUCGAGACCACCACGCAACAAACUGAGACCCCUGUUGCGUCAACGGCCGCUCCCUCGGAAAUGAUGGACGACCAGCCCCUGGUGUGCACGGUGGGCUGGAGGCUCAACUCGACGCAGAUGUUCCCCCCGGACGGCCUGUGCGAGUACAUCUUCUACGACUCGCUCUACAAACAGGGCCGCAACUCGAUAGUGUCGCCCGAAGGCUUCGACCUCAACUUGCGCACCUUCAUCGACGUCGCACCGCUGCACAAGAUCACGGCGUUCGGCGUCGGCAUCACCUUCGAUUCUGUCUAUCACCUGGAGUUCUUGCUGAACGGCAGCGCCGCGAGUUUCAAGCCGAUGGAGAUCUUCUGGGCUAACGCAAUCUACCACCUCGCUAUCCUGGACACAGCCACCGUGAACCCGGUGGAACACGAAGUAAUAUCUGCCCUGGGGUGCCUCAAGCUCCUGCGUGACCGUUUUUCUGCGGAAAGAAUUCUUGGAGGCAACAAGGUCUUCACAGUUUUCGCAGCAAGUAUUCCGGAUGACGCCUGGGCUAACCUCUACAUCAGAAAUUUCACGACCCUGUUUAAGCCUGACCUGUUCAUCGGUUUUGGACACUACACGCGAGGAGACAACUCGUUAAAAAGCUGUCGCAUCGUUCCACCGACGCUAUUCCAGAGACCUCCGGGCGCCGAAGACAGCUACCAGCACGACAUGACAGCGGGGUUCGAGAGCUUCAAGAAGCUGUCGGUGCCAGGUUUGGCGCUGAAGUUCGCGUUAUCAGUGACCUUGAAGGGUCGUUUGACGGUGUCCACGGUGCCAAAUAUGUACGAUUUCUUCACGCCGUGCCUGACCAACGAAACCGCCGAAUCGUUCGCCACCUACGCCGAGGUGUGCAAGAAUCCAGGAUUCAAAACGGCGCCGAUCUACGAUUCUCAGGUGGACGCGACUCGAAUUCUCCACGCCGUGAAGCCUGAAGUCUUCUCUUACGACGACCGAGUGGGACUCUGCAAGAAGCUGUGCACAAUGAAGGCGCAAGAUACAUCUAUGAAAUUCGGGAUCGCGGUUUACGACCUCGACUACGCCGACUUCUCCAACACGUGCGGAUCGAAGGACGGGCCGUUCUCAAGGCUGCACCUGGUCCGCAACAUCCUGAACUUCUUCAGGACGAGGUACAGGACCACGGCGGACACGGCAGACUGCGUGAACCUGGCCACGUGACCGGUGCGUGGGAGGCCCGAGAGAUGCGCACUUCCGACGCCCUCCAACUUCGUCGAUUCUCUGUGGAGCGAUCGGAAAAAAAUUGGCAAAUACUUG